AUGGCUGCUGCUGCGCAGUUUCACCCUCACCACCACGCACACCAUUUCAGUGACGCUCCUUCGUACGAUGCUCCUCCCUCACCGACAUUGACGAACCCCGACAUGAUCCUACCCUACAAUCCCGUCCUCAAUUCGAGUCCAACCCCUCUGCCUUCGUCGCCAAUUUUGCAACAGGUUGCCCUGCCUCCACGCCCAGAUUCAGCUGUUUCAUUGACAUCGGCACUGGGAGACACAGAGUUAUCACCCGAGGUGGGGGUUGCGACCCCAGUCAGGAUGCCCCCGCGCGCGAUAUCAUCCAUCACCACCAGCUUCAUUGGAUACGAACACGGUGCGCCGCUGAGCGACAUUGGCGAGGAAGAAACCCCAGUCUCCAAGAGGAGUAGCAGGAUCAGCUAUACUUCUACUGCUUCCGGUCCAUCCUCUCCAACGCCAAUUGGAAAGACUCCAGUGCAACCGAGACGGCUGAGUACUCACUCAUCAUCCAGCAAUGGCUCAGACUUGGGGGACUGGGAAGACUUCGACUCCUCCAAGAUGAUGAAUGAAAGGUUGGCGGCAGAUGUCGCAAAGGUUGGAGAUGACGAGGUAGAGGACCCCGACAGCAAACGGAAUAGCAGCACACCAGCAGCAACGGAGGACGAAAUGACCUUGCUCAAUGAACGCGCCGAGAGAAUCCUCGAACAUGCCAGAAAGCGACUGACGAGCAUGGAAGACAACCUCAGCAAAGCCAGGCACAGCAUUCUCAUGUCUCCCCGCUCGUCGCCCAAUAUGUCGGAACUCCAUCAGCCUGCAGGCGGGCUCUAUCGUUCCAUCUCCUUGGCUGGCGCGAGCAGCCGCAAAUCUCGCCCGCUUUAUCCUGUGGUGAAAACCAAUCCCUCAAUGCACACAAGGGGUGGUAGUGACACCACCCCCACAGGACUCAAGCGGUUAUCUAUGAUUCCUGAAAGGUCAGCCAGUGCACUUGAAUACGGCCGAAGACAAGAAUCCCCACAGCAAUAUCAAGUGUCACCAUCCAGUCGGCUAGGCGGGUUUUCCCCUGCUAGUAGUCGAAGUUUCAAUUCUCCGCUCAGGGUGCUGAAGGAGGAGGACGGGACACCGAGCACCAUCAAGACCUCACCAGAGCAGAGUGGUCCUCGAGGCCUGGGUAUCAAUACUCUGGCUGCAGUCUCGAAAGAGAACAUUUCCGUGGUCACCAGUAGCCCAACCACAGCUGUUGCCCGCUCUUCUUCGGCUAUGUCAACUCGAUCCACCAAAGAGAUCCGGGAUCAGAUGACUGAUUUGCGUGCGAGGAUAACUGAUCUGAAGGACAAGGCUCAAGCGGACAGCAUGCGAAGGCGGAGUGCUCAAAACAUGAGAACACCUAGCCCUUUCACGGCUGCACAAACCCCCGAGCAGUGGUAUACUAGUGCCCCUGAGUACAAAGAAGGUGGAAGUCCUCUCAAUACGAACGCAGGCUUAGGCUGGAGUCCUUCUCGUCAACAGAACCGGGCCUUGGAUGAGCGGGUCGCUCCUGUCACUCCUCAAACUCAAACUUAUCUGAACGUGGAGCAACCUACGACCAACGAUUCAAGAUUGUUGAGUGAUGCCAGAACAGACCGGAAUACCCCCAGUUUCCACAAAUCCAUUCCGAUGCCAUCAUUAACACGUGAUGACUCCAAAUCGAUGAUUCCGGAGUCCCAUUAUGAAGAUGCUGCUCAGGAACUGGAUGAUGAGGAUGGAGUUGCGGCUUCAGAAGAGGAGCAAGUUUACCUCAACGAGGUCUUGCAGGAAAGUCUCCAAGAAGUUGAGCCUGAAGUUCCUGAAGUGCCAGAACAUCUGCUUGCAGAAGGUGGGGCUGGAAGACAUGAAGAUCGUCUAGAUGCCUUCGAUUAUGAAAACAUGUUUCUCUACAGCGUAUUGGGAAAUUACACUGGUGGUGGGACCAGGAGUUUGACCCCUUCUGAAAGUGACGGCAGCAGCGUUGUCACAACAAGGAUGGAUCAAAAUACACCUACUGAUGACAAUGACAGUGAGGAAAUAACUGAUGAAGGUGGAGAGAGCGGUACGGAAGAAGGGGCUACCACUCCUGUUCAGGAGUCAUUCCCCAAAGCGGUCCAUGGUGAGCACCAGGCCUCGCGUCUCAAGGCUCCUCUUCCACCAUGGAUGAAGGCGGCCCGUAGCAAUAGUAUGGAUUCUGUGUCAACAGCUGCCACUUUUGCCACUGCGACAGAAGGAGAAGAAGACGAUGAUGUCGAAGAUGAGGAUGAAGAUGAAGACGAGAUACCCAGCGAGAUACUCCACUGGGGCAAUGGCGCCGGCUUUCCUCAGCCGCCCGUCAGUCCAAGGCGAGAGAAAGGAUCGUUGGUCUGGCCUACCCCACCUCUAGGUGGACGUGUUCAGCAACCUCAAGUGCAGUCUUUACGAUCUCUGCAUAACCAGGGAUCAGUCGUCACUAACGGCCUCCCAACGCCUCCAGUACAUUCGCCCCAGGCGAGCAUUUCAGCCGCAAAUGGAGUGACAAACUCGCAGCAAUUCACAACCGAUGGGCAACAGAUAAACCAUCCAGCUAAUACCGAAAUCCUGAUGGAGAGUCUGAUCAAACUCGCCGACCCGGAUUUUCAGGUCAGUAGUGACCAGGGCUCAAUGACGUUCUCCGAUGUUGACAAAGAUCUCGUUCUGGAUCUGUUACGGGCGGUGGGCGGUGUCUGCAACCAGAUCCUACAAUCGGAAAACAAACAGGAAGUACGGGCCGUGAAGGUGUUGCGAAGGAGACUCGACGAAUCAAGGAAACUUCUUGAGGGCCAAGGAGAUGAUUAG